AUGGCGGACGAAAGUGAGAAGGCAGCAGCCGCAGCCGCAGCAAACGCCGAUACACGGCGCCUUGGGGCGAAGAAACAAACCCUAGACGACGCGUAUGCUGUACCAGCAAACUUCCUUGAGAUAGAUUUGUUAAAUCCAGAGACACACGGUAUCGCAAAGAAGAGAUAUACCGAUUAUGAAGUCCGGAUGAAGACUAACCUUCCUGUUUUCAAGCAGAAAGAUUCCUCUGUUCGACGGAGAUACAGUGAUUUUGAGUGGCUCAGGAAUGAGUUAGAAAGAGACAGCAAGAUUGUAGUUCCACCAUUACCAGGUAAAGCAUUGAAGUUACAGUUGCCUUUUAGAAACGAUGAUGGUAUUUUUGAAGAUGGCUUCAUUGAGAAUCGACGUCAGGGCCUUGAGUCAUUUAUAAACAAAAUUUCAGGCCAUCCUCUCGCUCAAAGUGAGCGCUGCCUACACAUGUUUCUUCAGGAUCCAGUUAUAGAUAAAAACUACGUGGCAGGCAAAAUACGCACCACAUAGAACAACUUGACCGGGCCGCAUAAUGUCCACCCCAAGAGUUUGUAGGACUUGUGUAUGUGCAGGUUGUAUCAACAGUUUGUUUUUGUAUUAAGUAUCAUAGAGAUACAACACUUAUUUGUCUGGGAUUUUCUCCCAACAUGUUGUCGAUAAAUUGAAGACAACAAUGUACACUUGUACAGUAUAGUCAUUGACAAACAUGUAUUUUGAUUGUUAACUAGAUUUUGAGGAUGUGGUGAGGGUGAGCACAUUUUAGCUUUUUUUGGUUAAUCGAACAAUAGAUUCCUUUGUGUAGCAAGUAGACCUUUAUGCUGCAGCCACAUUUGUCAUAUUCCAUACACAUGUACACUUGAUAAUUACAUCUAAACAUGGCACAGUCCUUUUCCUUGCCAGCCUUUCUUUCUAGCAGCUUUUGGAUAAAGGUCUUUUGCACUGCCACCUCUACAAAUAGUCAUUCAAUAUUCCCAAAUAAAUGACUUUUUAACUGUUUUGUCCUUUUUGAGCUGAUGACAUCAACAUUCACUUGAGGUAUUUGCCUUUUAGUAAAAACCAUAUUGCUUCUUGAUUUUCACAAUGUAUUCAUCUUUUGAGAUACCUUGAAGCAAGGAGCCUUUGAAUUACGCAAAAUACAGACCAUAUCAAAGUAAAUUGCACAUAUUGGAAAUACCCUUAAUAAUGUCAUUCUUUUAUUUUGAAUCUGCAGAAGAAGUUGUUCACAUAAUUUUAUGUAGAAUCAAUGCCGUUAAAAAUUGUAAAAACUAAGCACAAUAAAACUAAUCACAUUAUAUCAUGCCCCUGCUGUGUACAUGUAGCAGAUAUAAAUAAACCGCUUAAUUUCCUUGAUAUGAAAGUCAAUUGAUUCAGCAUGUACAAAAAGGUUGACCUAUUUUAACAUGUUAAUUACAAAUAUUAAAUUCAUUGUCAUGGAAACGUUUAAAAUGACACACAGAAUAUUCCCGUAGAAUAUCUAGUUUUGAAACAAAUUAAAAACACAGCAUAUAGUAUCAAUUUAUUUUGCAUUUACUGAUCUUCUUUUUCUUGAUUUACACUCUUUCUUUAUCAUUUUUUAAGUUGGAAGUUUGUGUUGAUUGUACAGAGUAUAUAUUUUAACAUAAUUAAUUACGAAAAACCCCUUCUCCUCUCAAAUAGAUUUGCAUUCCUACUGAAAAUAAAUUCAAAUCAAAGACACAAUUUCAUUGAGUUCAGUUUAUGAUAUGGUUGACCUAAAUUUAAACAUGCUGCAUUAAACAGUGACAUCUGCAAAGAUCAGAUGGUUACAAUUAAGAAAAUAUGAUGCCAUCAGUAGCAAUGACAAUGUUAUAAUGCUAAGAUGGGACUCUUAAUUGGGCACAAAUGGUGAUUAUUUGCAGAUCUCAAAGUUCAUGCAAGUGUUUUGAAGAUUAACAUCAAUGCAUGGAAUUGACACCUUUAAGAUAGAACAUGUUCCUCCCUGUUGAAGUCUGUAAUGAAAUUACAAACUGAUGUUUAAUGUGUUUAAUUAAAGUUUGGUGGUUUAUGAAACAAACGGUGGCAGUUAAUGAUUAUUUGAAAAUAAUUUAGGAACAAGUGAUGAAAGCGUAAUGUGUUGUUAUAACGAAUGCGUCCCUACUUUUUCCUUACAUUGUACAUGUGCACAGUGUACAGUGAUACAAAUUUGUAAACAAACAUUCUUUUGCGGACAAACAUUAUCAACAAUGACCCUCAUUCUAAUCAGACUUUGAAUUAUCUAGAUAGUUAAAAGUAUAUUAAUUAUUUUAUUUGUUCAAUUGUUUAACAUGUAUUUUCCAACUGUUACGAAAAUCUGACAUGAGUAGGCAGAUAAUUUAUAGUCUUAUGUUUUAAUUUUUUUUUUUUUUUUUCUGUAAUCAGCUGGUUUACUCUCAUGAAUACUGUACUAUAAUUGGUUUACAUGUAGCUUAGUUUAACCGUUGGUUAACUAAAAUUAAAUGCAUCAUAUAUAACAUAACUAAAAAAUGCGCUUGCCUGGUAUUUUUUCUGUCUAAAGAUAUCUACUACAUUAACCACCCCAGUAGUUCAACUUGCACCAUUCUUAGUUUUUCACAGAUGCAAAUGACUCAUGACAUUCAUCAAUGAGUUAUAUGGGUGAUUUGACAGACACUGUCCAUGUCCACAACUGGUUUAUUUAAUCAUAAAGUAAAGGAGUUUUAUGUAUAUGGACGUUGAUAACCAUGUCUAAUGUCACCAAUGUAAGAAAAAGCCUGUUGACUUGCAAAUGUUGUUAUGGUAAUGACUGAGCAGCUGCUUAUUUCAAGUUGCAUGAACAAGCUGAAUAAUUCAAAGCUAAAAUCAUACCAUGGUGCGAAACCAAUUACAAUCAUCAUCUGGGUCCAUUUUGAACCAUUUAAUCAUGCUUUGGCGUUUUCAGAUCACUGCAGGAUACCCAGAAAAUGCUUGUGUUGUUUCUACUGCCUGAACCAAAGUGAGCUUGUUGUUUCUAGCGCCUGAACCAAAGUGAGAUUGGUGUGAUGGAGCAAAGAAAAAUACAUGCUAGGUGAAACAAUAGCUAUCUCUGUUGGUAUGCAUGUGGUACUAAACAAUAUCACCAGUAUUAUACUUUAAAAUGCUGUUGCUUGAAGAAUAACAAUUAUUAAAAAAUAUUACAUUUUAUGCAUCUGGAAUGAAAUUCAUGUUUAUGCAAAGUUGACUUCUGUUUUAAAGUUGAUGUAUUUAGCAAACAUAUCUGGUUAUAUUGGCCAUAUUUUCCAACUUUGUAUAGAAAUGAUUAUUGAUGAUGAAUUAAGUUGUAUUUGUACCAAAAAAGUAUAAAUGAUCGGACUAAGCAAUAGGCUGCAAUUUGAUCAGUUCCCUUCAAGCUUGCAUAUGGAUUUCAGAUGUGUGGAUACAUAAUAAAUGAUCAUUGUGUAUAUUGGAUAUGAAGUCCCACAAGUUGCAGAGUAAGUUCAAAUUAUAAUUGUUGCUUUAGAUUAAAGCGUGUACAUUAUGGACUAUUUUUAUGUAUCGUUCUACAUGUAUUGUAAAAUGCAUCAAACAAUGUUAUUAUGGGAACGCGUCUUUACUGCCCAAAACCCCACCAAAUCUUUUGUACCCUAAAUGAGUUAUUCUCUUUCAGAAGAAAUUCCCUCAAAAUCACAGAAACAAAUACCAAUCAUCUACUGCAUUAUAUCAUUUAAUUUAAAUUUCAAUCUGCA